UCUGAACGAGGAGGGGGCGGCGGCACACGAGUGGAAAUCCGCACCUUCAAGAGAUCGCCAUCAUUCCCCCCCCACCUUGUGAAUCUCCGGUCGCGUGCUGUUCGUUAACCACGGGGAGGCGAAUGCGGUGAAUUAUUGGAGGCUCAGCAACAGGGCACACAGAGUACAGGAUGCCGCUGAGUGAAGCAACCCCGCGCGCGGGGAGCUCCCGCGAUUAGCGCGGUGCAAAGUAUCCAAAAAGGAGAAUGCGAAUGGUUAGAGAGAACAGGAUUCAAUUAAUAUGGAAACGAUGUAGCUUCACCGCCGCAUUGCAUAUAGCUCGGGGAAGCAGGUUAGAAAGUAGAUAGCUAAAUAGGGCGCAUUUUGCCGUCAUACAUGCAAACUUACUCAUCAUCAAGCGCAACAAAAGGAACAGCUGCUCGAUAGUGUCUUCAGCUACCAAAGAAGGCUGAAGAAUUCAAGAUGUUACGGAGGAGGCUCAACCGAUUGUGUGGAGGAGAUGAGAAGCGAGUGGACAGCAGGACAAUCUAUGUAGGAAAUCGGCCAUGUCCAGACACUGAGGCCUUCAUCCCCUCUAAAUUCUGUGACAACAGGAUUGUGUCCUCCAAGUACACAGUGUGGAACUUCCUGCCAAAGAACCUAUUCGAGCAGUUUAGAAGAAUUGCAAAUUUUUACUUCCUCAUUAUAUUUUUGGUGCAGGUGAUUGUUGAUACCCCGACCAGCCCCGUGACCAGUGGUUUACCUCUGUUUUUUGUCAUCACAGUGACAGCCAUCAAACAGGGUUAUGAGGACUGGCUGCGGCAUAAAGCAGACAAAGAGGUGAAUAAGUACCUGGUGACAGUGUUAGAGGACGGCCGGUCGGUGAAGAAGGAAAGUGAGAAGAUCAAGGUGGGUGAUGUGGUUGAAGUGGUGGAGGACGAGACCUUUCCCUGUGACCUAAUUCUGUUGGAGUCCAGUCGGGAAGAUGGCACUUGUUUUGUCACCACAGCCAGCUUGGAUGGAGAAUCCAACCACAAAACACACUACACGGUGUCAGACAAUGAGAAGGACCUACAGGCUCUUACUGCCACCAUCGAGUGUGAACAACCCCAGCCUGACCUCUACAAGUUUGUGGGUCGAAUGCACAUUUACCAGCUGGAGCAGGAGCUAGUAGUAAGAUCUUUGGGCCCAGAAAACCUUCUCCUAAAAGGUGCUACGUUGAAAAACACCAAGAAGAUUUACGGUGUCUCAGUAUACACGGGCAUGGAGACGAAGAUGGCACUCAACUACCAGGGCAAAUCUCAGAAACGAUCAGCUGUGGAAAAAUCCAUCAAUGCUUUUCUUUUGGUGUAUCUAUGUAUCCUCAUCAGUAAAGCUAUUGUGUGUACUACACUAAAGUAUGUAUGGCAGAGCAAAGAAGGUCAGGAUGAGCCCUGGUACAACCAGAAGACUCAGAAGGAGAAAGACACUAAUAUGUAUUUGAAGAUGUUUACAGACUUCCUCUCCUUCAUGGUCCUCUUCAACUUUAUAAUCCCCGUGUCCAUGUAUGUAACUGUGGAGAUGCAGAAAUUCCUGGGUUCGUUCUUUAUCACUUGGGAUAAAGACUUCUUUGACCCGGAGAUCCAAGAAGGCGCUCUUGUCAACACUUCAGACCUCAAUGAGGAACUUGGCCAGGUGGAAUAUGUAUUUACAGACAAGACCGGCACGCUGACCCAGAACAACAUGGAGUUCAUUGAAUGCUGUAUAGAUGGCUUCCAGUACAGAUACAGAGACACCCAGAGCGAGGUGGACGGGCCUGUGAAUAACCAGCAGCAGAUGGCUGGACAGGAGAAAGAGGAGUUGUUCCUGCGGGCCUUGUGUCUGUGUCACACGGUCCAGGUGAAGGAAGCUGGAUCAGAAGUAUUUGUGGACCAAGUUGAUGGGAUCGAUGGGUUGCUGCCCCAGCCAGAGCAGGAAACAGGCUUCAUCGCAUCCUCUCCUGAUGAGAUCGCUCUGGUGCAAGGAGCCAUGAAAUACGGCUUCACCUUCCUUGGUCUAGAGAACAAGUGUAUGAAGAUAAAGAACAGGCAAAAUGAUAUAGAGGAGUACAAGUUGCUCCAUGUCCUAAACUUUGACCCUGUUAGGCGGAGAAUGAGCGUCAUCGUGCAGAACAAUUCAGGGGAGACGUUGCUUUUCUGUAAGGGAGCUGAUUCUUCCAUCUUCCCAAGAGUCAGACCAGAGGAGGUGGACAGGAUUCGCAUGCAUGUUGAGCGAAAUGCAACGGAUGGUUACCGUACACUGUGUGUGGCCUAUAAGAAGCUGAGUGCUGAGGAAUAUGCUAUGGCAGACACUGGGCUAAGGGAGGCUAGAUUGGCUCUACAGGAUAGAGAGGAGAGACUCAUUUCUGUAUAUAACCAGGUGGAGACGGGGAUGAGUUUGAUUGGAGCGACUGCUGUGGAGGACCGACUUCAGGAGGAGGCAGCAGAGACCAUGGAGGCCUUACAGGGCGCUGGGAUGAAGGUUUGGGUGCUGACGGGGGACAAAAUGGAGACGGCAAAGUCCACCUGCUAUGCAUGUCGUCUGUUCCAGCGGGGUACAGAGCUACUGGAACUGACUGUGCGGACACUGAAGGAUGAGCAUAAAAAGCGUGAUGUGAAACUUAAAGAGUUGCUACAGGAGUACCAUAAAAAAGCAGUACUGGACAUCCCGCCUGUCAAAGCUGGGGUCACCAGGAGCUGGUCUACUGCAAAUCAGGAUUACGGCUUCAUCGUAGAUGGGGCGACGUUGUCGUUAGUGAUGAACCCACCACAUGAUGACGAUGCCAUUCUGAACAAGAGCCUCUUUCUGCAGAUCUGCCAGAACUGCACUGCUGUGCUCUGCUGCCGCAUGGCCCCCCUGCAGAAAGCUCAGAUAGUGAAGAUGGUGAAGAACUCCAAAGGUUCCCCGAUCACUCUCUCCAUUGGCGACGGGGCCAAUGAUGUCAGCAUGAUCCUUGAGGCACACGUGGGCAUUGGUAUUAAAGGUAAGGAGGGCCGUCAAGCUGUGAGGAACAGUGACUACGCCAUUCCUAAACUCAAACAUUUAAAGAAGCUUUUGCUAGCUCAUGGGCAUCUCUACUAUGUGCGCAUUGCGCAUCUCGUCCAGUACUUCUUUUAUAAGAAUCUUUGCUUCAUCUUACCUCAGUUCCUGUACCAGUUUUUCUGUGGAUACUCUCAGCAGCCCCUGUAUGACGCAGCCUAUCUGACGAUGUACAACAUCUGCUUCACCUCAAUGCCCAUUCUGGCCUACAGCCUGCUGGAACAGCACAUAUCCAUCGAGAUCCUGCUGCACAACGCCGCUCUCUACAGAGAAAUAGCCAAUAAUGCCAUAUUACGCUGGCGCCCCUUCCUCUACUGGACACUAUUAGGAAUUUUUCAGGGUCUCAUGUUCUUCUUUGGAGUCCGUUUCCUGUUCAGCAAUCCAGCCCUGCAAGAUAAUGGGCAGGUCUUUGGAAACUGGUCUUAUGGAACAAUUGUCUUUACUGUCCUUGUUUUCACUGUUACAUUGAAGCUGGCUCUGGACACACGCCACUGGACGUGGAUCAACCAUUUCGUGAUCUGGGGCUCUUUGGCUUUCUAUGUUUUCUUCAGUUUCUUCUGGGGAGGCAUCAUAUGGCCGUUUUUGAAGCAGCAGCGUUUGUACUUUGUGUUUGCCAACAUGCUGAGUUCAGUGUCUGCCUGGCUGGUUAUCAUCAUCCUCAUCCUCCUCAGUCUGCUGCCAGAGAUCCUUUUGGUGGUACUUCGCCAGCCCAGAGGCCACCAUUCACAGAAAAAGCAGAGUCAGUCAAAUGUUGGGGGCAACCAGUCCUCUCAGUCUUCAACCAGACCCCUGCUUAUGAGAACCUUUUCAGACGAGUCCAGUCCUGUUGUGUGAACAGCUGUCAGAGGAUUCCUCAAAUGCACAUACAGAUGGCUCCUGUCACUCCUCUCUCCUACAAGCAUCUGAACGAGCACCACUGUGAUGGGCACAGACAGCCUUUGGUUAAAACUACUGAUGGGCCCCUCACAUCUGCCGGGGGCGCUGCACUUCCUCUUGCCUGUUUAAAUGAAUCAUGACACUUGAACCAACUUAAACUGCUUUCCUGUUACAUCUUAUCUUAAAGCCUUCCAUCCCAGCACGAUUCCACAAAAACGUUUUUGCCCUGCCCUGGUGCCAAACUCUCAUAUUCAAACCUACCGGGAUGAAUGCAUCAAUGGCAAAAUCGUCAAGUUACGCUCGACUGCUACAGAAUGAACCAACAUCCCUGCUCCUCCUGGUUCCUCCUAAUUGGUUGUCUUUCCUGAUCACCCCCAAAAAAGUCCCAUAAAGGCCACUCUCCAUACUCUCUGAUUUUCUUAACUUUGUAGGCAGACAGGCCCCUUUUGUGUUCGGUUACCAGCUGUGAUCACAAUCCCAAAUCGUAGAUUAGAGUUUUGUGAUAAUGUAGCCGUUCAAGAUUCCUAAAUGUGAGCUCUCUCUAAGAUGCUGCACUGCGGGCCCUGACCCUAUGGGUAUAAAAGCUGCAUUUCAACAAUCUGCUGUUUGUUCGACCACAUAGAGUUCUGUAAUAUCCCACGGAGCCCAAUAACUCCGUAUGUGUACGCGUGUGUGAGAAAUAGAAAAUCAAUUACAGAUUUUCUUCAGAUAUUUCUUAUAAUGUCUUUGAAUUUUACUCUUUGUUGAAACGGGGAUCAGUUUACAGUUGGGUUACAAAUUGUGCUAGUGAAAAGUGUGGAAAGUGUUGUUUGAUGCCAAAAAAAGACAGAGAGAGAGCGGUUCCAUUUAACCGGGCAACCGGCUCUCUUCAGUUUUUCCUUGAAGAUAGAUUAUCUAUGGUUACGGCACACAUUAGGAUUGCUUCUCGAUGCAGAGUUAAUUGCAAAUUUCAGAGGAAGUCCGAGUUCAGCAGCAUCUAUUCACUGUUGAGCCAUUAAUGCCAUUUAUAUUGAAUGUGUCAGCUAUAUAUAUUAGGCCAGUGCUCAAAAACACGCUUUCACAUCCACAUGCAUACAUUUAACUUUUGAGGUUACUGAAAGAAUCACUUAUAAACAGUGGAGCUUAGAUUGAUGAAAUAGGAGCUUUGGGUUAGAUGCAUAUUGAAUUCGGAUGUGCCCUCUAGUGGUUUGGAGGGCAUGUCAUUUUUUACUUCUAAAUACAUUCCAUUUCUACGUGCCAUGAUUUCAGUCACUUUUUAGAUUAUAAUUGAAUUAUUUUGUUCUUGAUUAUGUGAUUCUAUUUAUUAUUCUCACAAAUGUUGUAUUUGUGUGGUAUUUCUUUCUCUUAACUUGUUAAUCAUUAUCAGCUUGUGCCAACUGUUUUUUUUAUUAUUAUUUAUUAUUAUUAUUAUUUUUUGCCUGUGAAAUCUGCUGUUGAACAGAUUGAGUUUCUAUACACAGACCCUGUAAACCAGCAGCUCUGGGGUAUUUCUGUGGUCAGAGCUCAGUCCUGUUGAUCCUCCCUUAAUAUAUGAUGUGAAUGCAGCUGAAAUCUUUGUGUCCCUUUAAUAUGAAUGACCCAUUCCAUUCUUCUCUCUGCUUGUAACCCAAAAUGGGUAUUAAAAAAUCCACUGCCUGGCAUGUUCUGUAAUCGGGCACAUUUCUUGAUUAUGUUUAUCCUAAAACAAUGCCGUAUGUAAGAUGCUACAUUGCUACUUUAACUAUUUUCAAGUGUGUGUGUGUGUGUGUGUGGAUUAUGCAAGGGUAAGUGGUGUGUGUUAGACCUAUGACUGUGUCAUGAUGCUAAGCAUCUUAAGAUCAGCUCAGUCUCGGGCUGGGCUUAAUCCAGCUGUAUCACAGCCCUGCGUAACCGCCAGGCCUUUUCAUUUCUUAUUACAUCUUGAGCUUUCCAGAGAGAAUUUAUCAGAGCUCUAUUUACAUUUGCUUUCAACUAGACCGGUGAGGCCAGUCGGUAUGAUGUUUCAUUGUGAACAUUAGCCCAAUGUUUUUUUUUUUCUUGAUGCAUGUGUGACUACUAAUGCCACCACCACUGGACUGAACCCUGGUGAGCACAUACACACUCAUACCAAGAUGAAGACACAUCCAUGUGUUUGUUCAGCUCAGUUUGGGAGGGGAAAACAGAACUUGCCUGCAAUGUUGGAAAUUUCCAAACAGACCUUUAAAUUACUUCAGAGAUGCUAUUUUCAAAGCUUAUAAUAAUUAUUGGAUUCUCAUGUUGCCUGAAUAUAUAUAUAAAUAUGAAUAUUUGAUUGUAUUUUUAAUGAAACUUUUUGAGCCAUUUUUGUAAGAAAAAGAAAACGUCCAAAAAAAAAUAAGGCUGAGAAAGGCGGCCUGAUUGUGGAAAGUGAGGCAGGGCUGUGGCGUGUUGCUAUAAAUUGAAUCAGGCACUAGCACGAUCAGCCCUACUUCCUCCAUCAUGUCCCUCAGGCUCCAGCUGAUCUGAAUGUACCUCUCAAGACCAGUCUGUUUAAAAAAAAAAAAAAAAAACUUUAAUAAAAGCUGUUUUGAAAGAA